UUAUACAAAUUCUGUCAUCACCUUAACCUUGAUUGAUCCAACAAAUUCAAAUAACCAAACCUUCUUUUUCUUUCACCAUAUUUUUUGCCUUCUUAAGCUAAAAUUCAGCUUAACAAUAAAUUUUCCAAAAAUAGUAUAUAUUGAAAAAAGAAGAAAGGAGCAAAGAAAUUAAAUCUGAAAAGUCAAAUCUCAGCUGAGCUGAAGAAACAAAACCUCGCCGCAACAAACUGUCCUUAACUUUAAAGUAACAACCCUCAAAUUCUAAGGUAUAUACAUGUCUCUGUCUAGUUUACAACUGUUUAUGACACGGACAUGAACAGUAAAUGGAUCUGUCAUAGAUUCUUCUCUUCUUCUUCCAUGUCCUUUAAGGCCGUGUUUGUUUCUCUCUGUCUUUUCAUAAUUCUUUUUUUACCUUUUGCUGAUUUUGUUUAUAAUUUAGCUCUGUUUGUUUCAUAGAACUAGAGUGGAGAAAAAAAAUGGGAGUGGAGAGUGCUUCUUCUAGCUCAAAUUCAUGGUCACAGUAUGAUGAAGAUGAUAAUAGUAGCAAAAAUAAUAGCAGUGUUGUGGUUUUGAAUGUCUAUGAUCUUACUCCGAUUAAUAAUUACAUGUAUUGGUUUGGAUUUGGGAUCUUUCACUCCGGCAUUGAAGUGUAUGGUAAGGAGUAUGGAUUUGGAGCCCAUGACUUCCCAGCUAGUGGAGUUUUUGAAGUUGAGCCAAAGAAUUGCCCUGGAUUCAUAUAUAGAUGUUCCAUCAAUUUGGGCCAAAUAAAAAUAAGCCCUACAGAAUUCCGGACAUUUAUUGAAAACAUGGCUUCAGAGUAUCAUGGCGACACGUAUCACCUUAUAUCUAAGAACUGCAAUCAUUUUACAGAUGAUGUCUCAUUAAGAUUGAUCGGAAAACAUGUCCCGGGUUGGGUGAAUCGGCUUGCUAAGCUAGGUGCUUUGUGCAGCUGUCUACUUCCUGAAAGUCUUCAAGUAACAAGUGUUAAACAGCUACCCGAAUACCAUGAGUGCUCGGAAGAUGAAUUUGUGGACUCUCUCUCAACUGCCACACCCCACGGAUCACCAGAAAUAGACAACGAGCAAGAAAAACAUCUUCUGUCACCAUCAUCUCGUACCGAGGAUGUUACUUUCGUUAAAGAAGCCCACACAAAUUGAAUGUGAUUUGUUCAAGGUGAGAACCCUUGAAUUAUUGCAGGCUAUCUUUGGUUGAAUAUCUGUCUAUUUGAUUUGGAGCGAUUCUCUUUAAAAAAAGAUCAAGUUCUUUCAUGGCUUUCUGUAUUGUAUUUGGCUAAUUCAUUGUAUUUGUAUUGGAAGAAUCCAAAUUAUAUCUAGUGUUGUUUUUUUUUUUUAAAUUUAUUGUAGUUUUUCAAUGUAAAGGUGUAAACGACAUCCUUGUAAGUUGUCUGUAAUCUGUUAGUUACGAGACAUUUUGAUGUAAGUUAUGAAGCAUUCUUAAUGGAUAUUCCAGUUUGUUUGGGA